AUGACGUCAGUAGAAGUAUACCGCCAUUGACCGCCAUCUUCACUUGGUAUCAUGCAGUGCUUGUUGUAAAGUGUGUUCGUCAUCGAAAUAAACGGAUAUCUGUCAUUAAUUUUUAAACAAAUCAUAUCUUCGAGCAAAUUUUUACAAAUCUAACACUUCAGAGAAAAUGGAGGGCAGCGGUAAUUCCAGUGAUAUGGGCGGCCCGCGAAACUCGCAACAGGUUGCUUCGACGAAAAAAAUGCAGGAGACACAAGCAACCGUCGACGAGGUCGUCGGUAUAAUGAAAGUGAACGUGGAGAAAGUAUUGGAGAGAGAUCAGAAGCUGUCGGAGUUAGAGAAUCGCGCAGAUACCCUGCAGCAAGGCGCUACUCAAUUCGAGCAGCAAGCGGGUAAACUGAAAAGGAAAUACUGGUGGAAGAAUAUUAAAAUGAUGAUCAUAAUCGGCAUCAUCUGCGUGAUUAUCCUGAUCAUCAUUAUCGCAUCGGUUGUGUCAGGCUCGUCGGAUUCUGACGAUACUCCUCACUGAUAGCAUUGCAACGGUGGGGUACGCAACGCUUCGGGGUUUUGUCAAUUCGUUGUCCUAGAGUAAAAAUAAACCUCCGGCAAAGUAAGUGCUGGACGCACGCACACGCAUUAGAUUUAGAGUGAUUCUUCUUAUAAUAUCAUAUAUCUGCAGUUUGGGUUAAACGAAUCACGUUCUAACGUAUUUUGAUAAAAAUGAAACGAAACAUAUUAUUGUAUUUAUAUUUUUGAGACUUAAUCUUAUCGAAACGCACAAAACUGUUCGUCUAACUGCAGUAUUAAUACGGGUGGCCUUUUGUAAAACUGUGAACGGACAAUAAUACAUUUUCACGAUGUUAUCUUGUUACAUGCCUUAUUGUAUCUUUAUUACUGAUAUAUAUAAUAUAUAAUAUAACGUUUAUACAUUUUUC